AUGGGAAACUUGCCGGCAGAAAGGGUGACAAAUUACGUUCGUCCCUUUGCUAUAAGCGGCGUGGAUUACGGACCAAUAAGAAUCAAGGAGAACAGACGUCGCGGACGUGUGCUCAGCUCCAAGGCAUAUAUAGUACUAUUUAUAUGCUUCCAUACAAGGGCUGUCCACCUUGAACUGGUGACAGACCUUACGACAGAAUCGUUCCUCUCAGCUUUACGUCGUUUCAUAGGCCGAAGGGGCAACUGUUUACAUUUAUACUCUGACAAUGCUACUAAUUUUAUCGGUGCUGAGAGAGAGCUUAAGGAGAUUUACGAAUUUAUUCAGAAGCAGCACGAUGUGAUAAGGGCAGAGCUUGCCAAUCAAAAAAUAGAGUGGCAUUUUAUACCUCCAAGAUCACCCAACUUUGGAGGACUUUGGGAAUCAAACAUCAAAGCUAUGAAAAAUCAAAAAACACUUUUACAUUGUGACGAAGGGACUCACGUUGACCUUCGAGAAGUGUUACACGCUACUUGUGAGCAUUGA